AUGACAAUCCAGGCCCACCGCGCAGACCUGGAAGUGGGCAAGGAGACGACAGAGGUCAAAACCCGCAAGCGGCUCUGGACCUCAAUAUGUCUGCGGGACUGCGUUGUGGCGCUCAGUCUCCGGGACCCAUUAAAGGUGGUUCCAGUGACACUGAGCCACAGCGUCAUGGAGGAUCUCGAGUCGUCGACCGUCUACGACCCAUCGAUCACCAAGGUCCUGGCCCAGCUCUUCCACAUGAACUGUCAACUCUCCGCGCUGCUUGCUCGAGUGAUAUCGCUCACAUACGGCUAUGAGCAGAUUCCGCUCGAGGGCGACACUGUCAGCUGGGGCCAGUGGCUCAACUUGAGGAUCGACUGUCUCAAGUCCGACCUCGCCAUUUGGGAAAUGGAGAGCAAGACAGCCAUCAGCCACAUGUUUGGCAGUGUAGGCUGCAACCAUCCCUUUUCCCAAGUCUACAUCCAUCUUCUUUCAGUCUACCACCUGUAUGUCGAUCAGCUCUGCCCGAGGCGUGCCACUGACUGUAGCAGUUCUGGACGAAUCCUGUUGUACCAUCGCGAGAUCAGUUUACUCGAUGCUUGCCCAGACAGUUCUGAGCAGAAUAAUCAGAAGCGGGAAACUCUGGCUUUCAACUUGCAUGGAGCAGAGCAGUGUAUCUCAAUGGUCAUGGCCACUCUGGACCAAAGUGAUGCGAUAAACCACCUCCCAGUCGCCCUCUGUCAGCACUACUUGGGUCCCAGUGACGUAAAGGUUGCAUCGCCGGGGUAA